AUGGCAGUUUCCAUCGCAAUUAUUGGCUUCAACGGUAUUUUGGGUAAGCCCGUCUACGAAGCACUCACCUCGGACGCAUUCAGACUGAAGGUUAAGGAGAUCAAAGUGGUCUCUCGCAGUGACCCUAAACAACCUUUACCCGGGGUGGAGUACGUCAUUGGCGACGUCUCCAAUGAAAGUGAAGUGACAAAGUUGGCUCAAGGCGUGGGGUCCGUGGACGCGGUGAUCUCGCUUGUGGGCUUGAACCCUGCGGUGAACCCUGGCCUCGAAGCGUUUUUGGCUCAAGUGAAGCCCCAGUUGUACAUCCCGUCCGAUUUCAGUGGCGACAUUGAACAAACGGAAAAGUUGGUGCCUGGCUCCGUUGGCUUCCAAGCGAUCCACUCGGAGACGGUGAGACAAUUGGGGAUCAAAGUGGCUGACGUAUACACCGGCUUGUUCCACGAACCGGGCACGUUGCCAGAAAACUUUGCUCAGUACUUUGGCAUUUCCCCUGACGGCAGCACCGUGGUUCGGGGCGACGUCUCCACUGAGACCUCGGUGACGUCGGUGAGGGAUGUUGGACGCGUGUUGGCGGCGAUCGCCACGUUCCCGGACUACUCGAAGCUUCUCGACUUCAUCAAUGUCGAAUCGGACAAAGUGUCGUACACUGACGUGCACCAGGCCUGGAGUGCUUUCCACGGCAAACCGAUUAACAUCACCCGCACCGUGACCAAGGAGGAGGCUCUUGCCGAAGUCAAGAAUGACAUGGCCACCAACGGCUUCGACCAUGCCAAGCUUGCUUUCUACCUCCACUCGUUGACGUCGCAGGGCGCUCCUGGGGGUCUUGUGUUCGCCGAAACCCACAACGAUCUCAUCAACCCUGGGACCUGGGAGUGGGAAAAGUUCCAACGGGCCUAA